UGACAGAGCGGCGCAGCAGAUUUGGAUCCGUAGUCGAGGCACAUUUGUUUGAGGUCUCGUCUGUGGAGCAACGCUGUGAAAACUGGAUUAUUUACUGCUACAGCUGGAGUGUCCCUUUCCUUUAUGAGUUUUAUAUUGGAAAGAACAAUUAAUACAUUAAGAGCCUGAUUUAGCGUCAAGGAGCCAGCCAUGCCUUUCACAAGGGGAAAGAAAAACACAACAACGGCAGGGAGCAAGAUACCUAAGCUGAAUGCAACUGAGAACCAGGAGGAAGGCCCACAGGUGAAGAGGUCCUCCUCUCCUCCACAUGGAGCUCCCAAGAAGAGGACUGCCUUCAUCGACAUCACCAAUGCUGCGGAUCUGUCAGAUUGUUGGCCCAACAAUGCUGGUAACUUCAAGUCAGCUCAUAAGGUUCAGAUCAGCAUUCCAGGGAGGAAGAAGGAGUUGGGAAAGAAGACGGGGAAGAAAGCCAACUCUACCUUUGUGUCUGCGAAGAAUCAAACCAACCUGAAGAAGUCGUCAUCUGUGAGCUCAGAGGAAACGACAGCCGAUAGAGAGAAGUUGCCUGCAGAGGACGAGGAGAAGAGAGAGGAAGAGGAUUCACGGAGGGAUGAGGCAGCAGCUGGGGGAGAGCUGGAGGAUGUAGCGCCCCCUGCUGCCUCUGAAGUGCCAGCUCAUCUUCAGAAACGGCCUAUCUCAAAGGAGUUUGACAUCGACUCAGAGAACUCUGAGGACUGUUACAUGUGUCCAGAGUACGCAAAGGACAUCUUUGACUACCUUAAGUGUAGAGAGGAGAAGUUUGUCCUCACUGACUACAUGCCCAAGCAGCCCAGCCUCAAUCCAGAGAUGAGGGCCAUCCUGAUCGACUGGCUGGUUGAAGUACAGGAGAACUUUGAGCUGUACCACGAGACCCUCUACCUGGCUGUUAAGAUGACCGACCACUUCCUGUCAAAAACGGUCGUCCUCAGGGAGAUGCUGCAGCUCGUCGGCUCCACCGCAAUGCUCAUCGCCUCCAAAUUUGAGGAGCGCAGCCCGCCUUGUGUCGACGACUUCUUGUACAUUUGUGACGAUGCGUACAAGAGAGAGGAGCUGAUCUCCAUGGAGGCCAACAUCCUGCAGACGCUGUCAUUUGACAUCAGCAUCCCCAUCCCAUACCGGUUUCUCAGACGCUAUGCCAAGUGUGUGAACGCCGGCAUGGACACGCUGACUCUGGCUCGCUACUACUGUGAAAUGAGUCUGAUGGAGAUGGACCUGGUGACGGAGAGGGGCUCUCUGCUCGCAUCGGCCUGCCUGCUGAUGGCGCUGGUCAGCAAAGACCUGGGAGGAUGGAGUCCCAUCCUGCAGUUCCACUCCGGCUAUGAGAUGUCAGAUUUGGCACCGGUGGUCAGGAAGCUCUACCUGAUGCUUUUAGCUCCUCCUGAUGAGAAACUGAAAGCCAUCAGGAACAAAUACUCUCACAAGGUGUUUUUUGAAGUCGCCUCUCUGCCGUUGGUCAGCAUGGACGUUUUGGAAAAGGCCUUAGCCUCUCAGUGAGAUGUGUCUGUCAGUUGUAUAUAAUCUGUAAAUAAUGUUUAAUAUUUAUGCAUGUAGUCCAGUCUGUCUUUUAUAGGAGAUUGAAAAUAAAACUUCUAAUUCCAGUUUGUGACAAAGAAGAGUUUUAAAGUGGGCAUUUGUUAUUAUGACUUUUAGUGUUACGUUUAAAUAUACUCUUUGGCAUUUAACUUUUUUAUAAGAAGGUCCUUUAAGAAAAUCUGAAUUCAUUAAUAAUCAGUAAGUCUACAGCAGAAUUGUACAUUUUACGGUAAAGAUGGGGCAGAGAAAUCUGUACAUGCUUACUUUUAUUGAUGAAUUAUUUACCCGCCCACAAGUUUUGAGUGUUCAUGUUGUUGCAGUCGCACAUGUAUUUUCAUACAUUGUACAGAGUUUAUCAUGUUAAUAUUCUAAUUAUUUGUAUAAAAGACGACCGGAUAAUCCUGUGCUGAUUUCAAAUGGCCGUCAUGCGUACUCUUAAAAUAAAGAAGUGUUUGUGUUUUUA